CCGCCGGGGCGUGGGCGGCGGCGGCGCUGGGCCGGGGGGAGCCGCGAGGCCGGGAGCGGGGUAGGCUGCGCCCGUACUUAAGCGGGCUGCCCGAGCCGCUGACGUCUUUCGAAUUGGAGACGGGGCUGCCCCCCUCCCGCCGCGGGCUCCCGCGGAGCGAGCCAGGGUCCGAGUGCCUAUAAUGUCCAGGCAUGCACAACAGCUUAGAGACCAUGACAGAAAUCCUUGCAUAGCGGAGACAGAUGCCUCUAGAAAAUGUAUGGAUGACAACAACUAUAAAAAGGAUAUGUGUACUGAUUAUUUUUUGAAGUACAAAAACUGCAGAAAAUUCUGGCAUGACAUAAUGAUGCAGAGGAAGAGAAACGGUGUGAAACCAGAGAUGCCCUCAGCAGAAGAGAGAAGGAAAAUCUUGGAAUCGAUAGAGAAGCCGUACUGACUACAAACUUGCACUGUUUUACUGUUCUCACUGUACAUAUGGAGACCGGUCAGCAGCGAGUUGGCCUGUUAUAAAGCAGACUUCACUGUUGCCAUAUCUUGGAUUAAAAUCAGCUCCUAAAUUUUGAAA